AGCCAAGAUGGCAGCCGUGGUUGGAGUCUCCUUGAGGCGCGGGUUGCCCGCCUCGACCCUUGGCGGAGCCUGCCUGCAGGCCUGCCGAGGAGCCCAGACCGCUGCAGCCACAGCUCCUAGAAUCAAGAAAUUUGCCAUCUACCGAUGGGAUCCAGAUAAGGCUGGAGAUAAGCCUCGCAUGCAGACUUAUGAAAUUGACCUGAAUAAAUGUGGUCCUAUGGUGUUGGAUGCUUUGAUCAAGAUUAAGAAUGAAAUUGAUGCUACCUUGACCUUUAGAAGAUCGUGCAGAGAAGGCAUCUGUGGCUCUUGUGCGAUGAACAUCAAUGGAGGAAACACUCUAGCUUGCACUCGCAGGAUUGACACCAACCUCGAUAAAGUCUCAAAAAUCUACCCUCUUCCACAUAUGUAUGUGAUAAAGGAUCUAGUUCCUGAUUUGAACAACUUCUACGCUCAGUACAAAUCUAUUGAGCCUUAUUUGAAGAAGAAGGAUGAGUCCCAGCAAGGCAAGCAGCAGUAUCUGCAGUCCAUAGAAGAUCGGGAGAAACUGGACGGGCUCUACGAGUGCAUCCUCUGUGCCUGCUGCAGCACCAGCUGCCCAAGCUACUGGUGGAAUGGAGACAAGUAUCUGGGACCUGCGGUUCUCAUGCAGGCUUAUCGCUGGAUGAUUGACUCCAGAGAUGACUUCACUGAGGAGCGGCUGGCCAAGCUGCAGGACCCCUUCUCUCUGUACCGCUGCCACACCAUCAUGAACUGCACAAAGACCUGUCCCAAGGGUCUGAAUCCAGGGAAAGCGAUCGCUGAGAUCAAGAAAAUGAUGGCAACCUAUACGGAGAAGAAAGCUGCAGCUUAA